AUGAAGAUCACUCGCUCUCUGCUUGACCUCGCGGUCCUCAGCCUGGCAUCGACCGUCUGCGCGGCGCCAGCUACCCCGUCCUCCGAUGCCCUCGGAACCCCCGAUAUCAUGCCCCAUUUCCAGAUCGACCUCACCGCGGUGCCCUCGCAGCUCUCCGCGCGCGACACCGACGUAACCGUCGACCACUCCCUGGAGACCCACAACUUCUUCGGCAGCGAGGAGUGGGCCGUCGCCAUCCGGCCCGGCGUGGGCCCCGUCUGGAUCCACGAGUCGCGCUGGAGCACGCUCCUGGACGGAAUGCCCGCGUCCAGCGAUGUCGAAAGCGAAGCCGGCAAUGCAAAUGCCACCUCCAUCGAGGCCCGCCAGUAUUGGGGCGGCUACGGCUACGGCUACGGCUCGUACUACCCCUACUACGGCUACGGCCACGGCUACGGCUACUAUGCGAAGCGCGAUGCGGAGAAACGUUGGACGUGCCCUGCGCAGUGGACCGAGAGCAGCGGCUGCAACAGCGUGCCGGGCUUGAACAACGAGGCGACCAUGUUUCCCUUCAACCCCCAGUCGAACCCGAAGUACGCGCCCAAGAUGAAUGUGUAUUAUGAUACUGGCUGUGGUUCGUUCAUGACCUCGGUCAUUGGGAGUGCCUCGUGCUUGAUUGCCCCGAACCAGAUCCAUGGCAUCCGCACGUUCAAUCAGCUGCUAUAG